GAAUCAGAAGGCGUGGCCAGCAAAGAGAAGGAAGGAGUUCUUUUCCCAAACUGGGGGAAGAGGAGAGCUGGAAGGAAAGAAGGUAACGCGUUGCCUGCAGUGUCGUUACUAGGAACUAGUUCCUUUUGGGAGAAGAUCCAGAUAGAAUAAUAAGCCUCUGCUCAUCCCAGCCUCGAAGAAGGACAAUCGUUGGCUUUGUGUGCUGUUGAAUUCCUCCUCCAACAUGUUGGCAAUCAAAGAGGAACCAGGAGAAGACCUUGACAUCACCCCGGCUGGGAGUAGCAAUGGCGGACCCUGGGGAAUUGCUGGGGAGAAGACCCCCGAGGAGGAUGCUCUUGGUCCUGAUGUACAACCACGGCAAUGCAAAAUAGACCCAGAAGGAGAGGCCACUGAGGUUGAGCCGGACACCAAGCAGGGAGCACCCCUCCGGUGGGUGGUGAAGGAGGAAGGCAGUGGAAGUGCAAUGGUGCUGAGCGAAAACGAAUGGGGCCGACAUCCUCUUCAUCUCUCUUUCUCAGGCAAAGAUGGGCACCUUGAUAUGCAGAAAGGAACCUACACAGGAGAGAAACCGUAUAAAUGCCUGGAAUGUGGAAAAACCUUCACUGAGAGGGCGAGCCUUCGAGCGCACAGAGGAAUACACACAAUCAAAAAAAUAUGUAAAUGUGUGGCAUGUGGGAAGAGCUUCAAUGUGAGAGGAAACAUUGAUAUACAUACAAAAUUCCACACAGGAGAGAUACCAUUUAAAUGUGUGGAGUGUGCAAAGAGCCUUGGUGAGAAAGGGGAAUUUAAUGAGCAGAAAAAAACCCACAUGGGAGAAAAACCGCAUAAAUGCUUGGAGUGUGGAAAGUCCUUCACUGAGAAUUCGAGCCUUACAGUGCACAAAAGAAUCCACACAGGAGAGAAACCAUAUGAAUGCCUGGAGUGUGGAAAGCGCUUCCGUACGAAAUGGAAUCUUAAUGAACACGAAAGAACCCACACGGGAGAAAAACCAUAUAAAUGCUCUGAGUGUGGAAAGACCUUCACAGGGAGUGCAUACCUCAAAGUGCACAGAAGGAUCCACACAGGAGAGAAACCAUAUAAAUGUGUGGAAUGUGGAAAGAGCUUUGUUGAUCGGGGGAGACUUAUUGCGCAUGAAAGAACCCACAUGAAAGAGAAACCAUAUAAAUGCCUGGAGUGCGGAAAGCGCUUCCGUGAGAGAGGAAACCUUGAUGAACAUACAAAGACCCACACAGGAAAGGAACCAUAUAAAUGUGUGGAGUGUGGAAUGUGCUUCAGUGUGAGAGAAAGCCUUCAUGUGCAUGCAAGAACCCACACUGGGGAGACAUCAUACACAUGUGUGGAGUGUGAAAAGAGCUUCAGUACGAGAUGGAAACUUAACGUGCACAAAAGAACCCACACAGGAGAAGAACCGUACAAAUGUGUGGAUUGUGGCAAGGCCUUCACUGCAAGGGCAAGCCUUAAAAUGCACAGAAGAAUCCACACAGGAGAGAAACCAUAUAAAUGCCAGGAGUGUGGAAAGAGCUUCCGUAUGAAAGACUUUCUGACUAAGCAUAAUAGAAUACACACAGGAGAGAAACCAUACAAAUGUGUGGAAUGUGGAAAGGGCUUCAGUGUGAGGUGGAGACUUACUGUGCAUGAAAGGAGACACAGGAAGGAGAAACCCUAUAAAUGCCUGGAGUGCGGAAAGAGCUUUUGCCAGAAAUCAGAUCUUUCGUCCCACCAAAGAAUCCACAUGAAGAAACAAACCUAAAUGUUUGGUGCGUGGAAGGAAUUUCUCCCGAAGGCUUCCAGGCACCAGAUGUAGUUUGGGAAUCAAGAAAGAUCCCCUGUGUAUACAGAUAUGUUUGUUAACAAAAUUAACCCUGAAACCCUGGGUAGACUUACUCAUUGAACAAUGUGAGUACUGUACCUUAACCCUUGUAAAAAUGGAAUCAUUCCCCUUUAGGCCUGUUUGAUUAAAAAAA